CAUGAUGGAAGUGAUAGAGCCAAUAACAGGCAUUGGAGUUAUUAUGGACGCCGUGGCAGUUGUUCCUCCAAGGUAGGAGGGAUUGGGAAAGUGGUUAUCGAGGUGGGUUUAAAUAAGAGAAAAAAAGGUGUGCUAGGCUGGUGGAGAAGGGAUGGAGUGCUAGCGAGAACGUCAGGAGCGAAAGGGUCAAGGCGUUCGCAGAGUGUAUUGGAUUGCGGUUGGCAGGGGUUUAGAGGGAAGCGCAGCGACUGAACGCGAGGGAUUGCUGAGAGAGGGAAGGAUGGUCGAUGAAAAGGGAGACGAUGGAGGGGUGUCGAGGGAGAUUGAGGGGUCGGUUAACAUGGCAGAGGAAUAGAAUGACGCAUAGACGGCAGAGAGCCAGAAAACGGAGAGGUUGCGAGCGUAAGUGUGCGCAUCGCGGAAACGGAUGCAGAAGUUAAGGAUAUCGCGCAAGAAGGUGAGGAGAAUCUCGCAGGUAGGAGUGGAAGAAAAUGUGGUAGAAUUCCAGCAGUAAAAAAUUUUACUGGAGGAAAAGGGGCGCUGAUGGAAUGCGUCGGUUGCAGGCAGAAGGAGGGCACGAAGGUGCGGAGUUCGCGCGGUAGUCGAUAAAGGGUCACACCAUAUCAAAAGGGGAACUAAGGCGCGCGGAUGUAAGAACAAAGAAGUUUCUUGAAUCGGACUGGAAAGAGAAUGGCGAGGAAACUAGGCCAAAAGCAAUUAAAAUGUCCGGUAAAAGAGAUCGGGGCGCCACAUUGACGGCGGCGACAGACAAGUACACUCGACGAAAGCGGAGGGACGACUUUAGGAACGGAGCGGCGGGAAGUAGAAGAACGAGAUGCAGUAGUUUUUCGGGCGAGAAAAGCCAUCCAUAACGGUAACUUUAGUGUCAGAAAAUUUGUGUCUUGAAAACAAUGCUAGUAAUAGAGCCCAGGUUGCCAAUGCCGGUGGCGACAACGUCUGUAUAAAAAUAGAGAGCAAACCGGAAGGAGCAAGAGGAGACAAUGGUCUGCGGGGCGUGUCGCGCACGGGCACUUCUUUCGACGAAAAAACAGACACAAACAGGAGAGGAAAAGUGAUCUGUAGAUAGUUUGAAUUAAAUGAGAGCUAUUUUUAGACACUAAAUUACAGCCAGAGUAUGGUUAUCCGGAUGAUGGAUAGACAGCGAAUUUUUCGUAGCGGAAAAGGGUGUGGGAAUUAGGUGCUCGAGAAGGGAUCAUUGCGUAAGGAGUGAGGGUGAGGAGAUCAAUGGAGUCGAACGUUUCUUGGCUAAGUUUGGGCGCGUCGUCGAUAGGGUUGCGAAUGCCAAAGAUGUUUUUUGGCCUCGAAAAUGUGACACACGUAGCGAGUUCGAUUGCGCUAGGCUAAAAUUGGCGGCAGGGAGUAGGAGGGGUAACAGAGAGAGCGGAGUUCUCGUGGGGCUGCUUGUCGCGAGGCAAGCGCGCUUCCAAGAGAUGAGCGAAGGCUACGGAUGUUGCAUACGAAGGGGGGUCAACGGAAGGGGCGAAUACGCCGUAUACGUAGGACUGUUUCAUUUUAGAAGGGUUGCUGAAGCGCGACGGAAGAAGGCGCUUUUUUUCUAACUCUGGACGCCAGCUACGCAACUUUCAUGUAACAGGAGAGCAUAUGUGUGGAUGAUGUGUGUAUAUGUUGGUACAGGGAUAUCUGAUAUACAGACGGAUUUGAUCAGUUCUUUAUGUCGUUUGGAGAGCACACGCUUCUCGGAAGUAGCGCAACGCAUGGAUGGUUGAAAGAAGAAGUCGCCUCGAUUGGAAAUGAGGAGAUAAUUGGAGCUGAAGGACUUCACUUUUUUUUGUCUUGUUGAAUAUAAGAAUUAUCGUACACACAUAUAUUUCAAUAAAUAAUUUAAGUGAGAGGUGAUGGAGGAAGUUUCCGGAUCGGAAGAAGUUCUCGUAGAUCGUACCGUAGACUCGGAAUUGGUGAAUACAGAAGCUGGAUCAGAUACAAAUUCGGAUUCCUGCACUGCCUCGAAGACUGCCAAUGAUGCGGCAAAGGAGUCGACAUGGCAAGUGUCCGUGUCCGGACCGAGAAAGCAAGGAGAGAACCUUGAUCAAUACAUGACGUACACAAUUACUAUCAAGACCAGCCAUCCGGACUUUAUAGACAAAGAAUUCAACGUAGUUCGUCGCUACAGCGAUUUUGAGUGGGUUAGGAACAGGCUCAUUUCCAGUUUUCGCGGAUACAUUAUCCCACCCCUUCCGGAGAAAACGAUCAUAAAUCGUUUUGAUGAGGAAUUCAUAGUCUACCGUCGAAGAGAGUUGGAGAGGUUUUUGAAGCGAAUAGUAUUGAUGGAAGAUUUAUUGCGGAGUGAUGACUUGGUCACAUUUUUGCAAGGGCCAGAGCACAAAUUCGUUCAAUUGAAAAGUGCAACGACUGAACAGAAGAUGCCAUAUCAUAGAGGAUUUAUUGGUCUUAUCAAAGAUAAAAUUACUACGGCAAAACCGUCGUCUGUUGCAGGAGAUCAAGAGGAAGACUCCUGGUUUGAAGAUCAAAGAAAGUAUUGGAUGUCUAUUGGUUGUCAUUUUAACACUUUGCUUACUCGGAGUCAUUUAUUGACCAAACGUAUUGCUGAUAUAAAUCAAGUUUUGAGCGAUUUCUCUGCUGUAUGCAACACAUUAUCGAACGAAGAAGCGCCUGUAGAUCCUCAGUUGUCUGGAAUGUACAAAAAGUUAUCAGAAACCAUUAACCAGCUAGGGAGUAUUCAAAAGGAUUACGAGUACGAUCAAAAAGACCUGUUCACUGACACUUUGAAAGACUGGAUUCGCAUUAUUCGGUCGAUUGAAGAUGUCUUCGAGGAUUUGAAUCACGAUCGGCGGUGUUAUCAGAACUCGAUUAAAUCCCGGGAAAAUAAGCAAAAUCAAUUCCACAGACACCCCUCUUCUGAUGUAGCUCAGCUUGCCAUGAACGAAGCGGAAGUGCACGAAAACAGCUGUCGAAAUCGAUUCAGACAAAUGUCGAAAACCUCCCGCGAAGAAUUGAAAAGGGUUCUCGUCCAGAAAAGGCAAGAACUCAUGGGAGCCAUGCGCAGUUUCGUCCAGGGAAACAUGAAUUACCACCUAGGUGCUGCCUCUUUGUGGAAAGAAGCCUUGACUUUUGAGCAAACGCUGUAAAUGAA